AUGUUUUAUGGGCAGAUUCUUCACAGCCAUGGGCGGGAGGAGGACCUUGUUAAUCUUAACGUUGGAGGAGUCCAGCACAAAGUGGACCGUAGUGUUUUACUGCGUUUCCCCAACACACGCAUGGCCCAGCUCCUGCAGUGCCGCAGUGAUGAGGCCAUCCUACGACUCUGCGAUGAUUACAAUGCCACAGUGAAGGAAUACUUCUUUGACCGCAGUCCACACGUCUUCCGCUGUGUCCUCAAUUUCUACCACACGGGCAGUAUCCAUGUGAUGGAGGAGCUUUGUGUUUUCUCCUUUCAGCAGGAGCUGGAGUACUGGGGGAUUCAGGAGCUACACCUGGGUCAGUGCUGUAAGAACUGGUUUCAGGAACGCAAGGAGUACAUCGAGGACAGGGAGUGGGACAUUCGGAGUGAUGACCAGCAACCGAGCUUUGACUCUUCUUUUGAGGAGCUGUCUGCCCUGGACAAGGACCUUGAGAAGUUUAAGGGUGCUUGGUGCUCAGACGCACGGCGAUACAUGUGGCUCACCCUGGAGGACCCCAGCUUCUCUUUAUCCUCAAAGAUCAUCACUGUGGUGUCCCUCAGCGUGGUGCUCACCUCCAUCGUGGCCAUGUGUAUCCACAGCAUGCCAGAGUUCCAGCGCUAUGACAGUAGCGAACAUCCCGUUGAGGACCCUGUGCUUGCAGUCAUGGAGGUCGUGUGUAUCGUCUGCUUCUCGACUGAAUUUGUGGUUCGUCUGAUUGUGGCCCCGUGCCCACGGAAGUUCCUGAGCAACCCGCUGAACAUAAUUGACUUUGCCUCCAUCAUUCCGUUCUAUGCCACACUCGCGUUUGAGAAGCUAGAUGAGGAGGGUGAAGAGGAGAGCGAGAAUUUGGAAAAUGUAGGCAAGGUGGUCCAGGUUCUCCGCCUGAUGCGAGUGUUCCGAAUACUGAAGCUGGCGCGACAUUCGGUCGGACUGAGGGCCCUGGGCGCCACACUUCGACACAGCUACCAUGAGGUGGGUCUCCUGCUGAUCUUCCUCUCUGUAGGAGUCUCCAUCUUCUCCGUUCUUAUCUACUCCGCAGAAAAGGAGGAAACUGGGUCUGACCUCAGUACUAUUCCCGUUGGUUGGUGGUGGGCAACCAUCACCAUGACGACAGUUGGUUACGGUGAUACGUGUCCCCUGACGACAGCAGGGAAAAUAGUGGCUGUUCUCUGCAUCAUCUGUGGGCUGCUGGUUGUAGCUUUGCCCAUCACCAUUAUCUUCAACAAAUUCUCAAAGUACUAUCAGAGGAACAAAGCCAUGGAGGCCAACCAGUAUCUGUGUGACUGGAACAAGGAGCCAGAUGGUGUUGAACUCCCUUACUUUGAUCUCAGAGACCUGUACACUCAGAGUUUACAGCCUUUCUUUGGUGGCAUUACCUUUAAAGAUGACGAGGGGGGUUGUGAAGGUGAAGCAGAGGCAUAUUGCCUUAGGUCCAUGGAACAAGGUGAUGAUGGAGAUAUUAUAAAUCAGAAAGAUGAUGUGAUCUGCUUGUGA